GCAGUGUAGUAUGGUAUAUAAUUUAACAGAAUUGGGAAAUGUCGUUAUUCCAAUGCUUACCAAACAAACCAACCACCAAGGCCGAUCGACGUCCUUUUGACACAAGUAGUGAAUUGAGCGAGCAUUUCAGCUCAGGAAAGCAUUGAUACGGUGUUCUUUUAUGUCUAUAUUUAUUUAUUUUUAAUAGGGUCUCUUAUAGUCUAGUUGUGAAGCAUUUGUGUUUAGGCUGACAUUGUUGAAUCUAUAUAAAACUUAACGCUUCAAAAUGGCCUCGGAAACCUUCCCAGCUCCGUUCGUCGUAGAACAGAUGCAUCCCAUCAUUGUGCCUUCAUAUGCAGGAUGGUUUGAUAUGUCCAAGAUUCAUGACAUUGAACGAAAAUCGAAUCCAGAGUUUUUUAAUGGAAAAUCCCCUUUAAAGUCUCCAACUGUAUACAAAGAUUACAGAGAUUUCAUGAUAAACUCUUAUCGUUUGGAACCUACUGAAUACUUAACUGUUACUGCUUGUCGCCGAAACUUAGUGGGUGACGUAUGUGCUAUUAUUCGUGUACACGCAUUUUUAGAACAAUGGGGUCUUAUUAAUUACCAGGUGGAUCCAGAAACAAGACCUCCCUUUCGGCUUCCUCCAGUGUCUGGACAUGUACAAGCAAUCAACAACACACCCAUCUUGACUCAGGAAAUACUUUCGCAACAUAGAACGACCAAGCGCGAUAACGAAAAGCCUUUACCCAAGUUUUUAAAAGUGGAAGAGCGUUUGUAUGAUCCAAAAGAAGAAAAACUUAAAGUACGAGAUGAUACUCUAGAGAAAGAUCCAGAAUCCUCUUUGCUUCUUCACAAGACUUGCUACUCUUGCGGUGUUAAUUGCUCUCAAGCAUGGUACCAUAAUCUCAAAAAUAAAGAAUACACCGUCUGUCCUCAUUGUUACCAUCAAGGCCGUUUCGCAAACACAUAUACUUCUUCUGACUUUUUAUUUAUGGAAGGGGUUACCUUUGCUCAUGAUCGUGAUGCUCCAUGGACCGAGCAGGAAACACUCUUAUUGCUAGAAGGAAUCGAAGAAUAUGACGAUGAUUGGAAUCAAAUCUCUCUCCAUGUUGGUACACGUACAAAAGAACAGUGUUUAGUACACUUCUUACAACUCCCAAUUGAAGACCCCUAUAGAAAGGUUCAACAGGACGACUAUGGCCCUUUUCAAAAAGGAUUCUUACCAUUCAGAGAAACCGAAAAUCCCGUGUUGAGUACCUUGACCUUUUUAGCCUCUAUCGUCCAACAACAGACCAAAUCAAAUACCAUAGAAAACACAACCGAGAAACAUGAAUCCGAAACUUCUGAAAAGAAAGAUGAGAACUUAGAUUCUUCUUCAUCAAAUGCUUUGGAGAUUGCUGCACAUGCCGCGAUCAACGCUGCAGCUGAGAAAUCAAGAAUCAUAUCUACUUGUGAACGUCGACAUCUACGUCGUCUAGUUUUUCUUCUAAUUCAGUCUCAGCUUGAGAAAGUUGAAAUAAAAAUGAAGGUUUUAGAAGAACUGGAAAAAUUCUGUUCUUUGGAACUUUCUGAAUUGGAUGUCCGUGCUAAGAAACUUAUCCUUGAACGUCUUUCUACUAAAAAAAUGCUAUUGGAGGUCGAUUCUAAAUUAAAGAAUGCCCUGAGUCUUGGUGGAGAAGAAGGCUUAAAGGUUUUAGACGACAUAAUAAAUACGGAACAUGCAGAAGUACCGCUUACGUUUGAAUUGCCAGAGACAGGGAAGAUCUCUCCUCUAAGUGCUGAAAAUUUUGAAAAAUAUCACGUCAUUUCUUUGUAGUUAUAUUAUUAUGUUGUUUAAUUAAUUAAAGCUUUAGUGGGAACAUAACUGCGCCUGGCCAUCGUUUGCUUUUCUUAGUAGGGAAGUAGGGGUAAUAAGAAUUCAUACUCGUUCAAAUGGUUUUCGUAAUUAUACACUACAACCAUGCAUUAAACUAUUCUUUGGCCAUUCAUACCCACACGAUUCCCAACUCGUUUUGUUCGCGUUUCUAUAUGCAAUAGGAUGGUUCGCAAUAUACUCGGUUGUAGGAUACCCAGGUGGAUCACAUCCAAUAUGCAUGCUUUCAUCUUCAGGAUCCUGAUAUAUACGGAUGUAAUCAAUCGACAUAGUAGCUGGAAAAUGUAAAUCUCGAAAAUAGUAAUAAGCCCAGUUGUUUGAGAUACCCAGGUUGAAUACGAUGGACAUGGGUUCCUCGCUUAUCUGUCGGGCCCCAACGUUACCAUUAGGGCCAACAGCUGCUCCAAGCAUUGUCCAAGUGUGAUUCGGACCUACAAACCACGAUACAUAUCCGUCAAUUUCACCCGGCUUAUAGUCGAAGCCGUAAGUUUGGAAAGCCUUACGCUCAUACCAACUAUUAUUCAAAAUAGUUAUUCCGGAUAUUGCUUGCUGAAACGGACCUCCCACAUAAGAAUUCAUGUGGGUUACGCUUUGAUUGUGAAUGACCAAAUAAUCAUAAUUUGGAAGAUAAAACAUAUCAAAUGGAGCAAAUUGACUAGAUUGGGAAGCACUCCCGAUGUCAAACUCAUCAUUUGGGUUAAGCUUUUCAGUAGAUCCUUCAAGCGCAUCGAUCUCUGGUGCGCCACGGCCUAUACCAGGACUAGGAUGAUCUUCAUCAACACAUGUACAGCUAGACAGUUUUUGUCCCGGUAAAUAUGAUAUGCCAUCCCAUGAGGACUGAUUUGGUGUUAUUCCCGCGUCACACUGGGAAUAAGAAUAAGGCCAUACUCCAUCUGUUGUGGCCAUAUAACCGGGACGAGCAAGGUUACCAAUCGUCCAUAGACCAGGCCACAAACCAGCACGCUCACCGGAACCUCCAAGCGAAGCAGAUAUCUCUAUGAUGCCGCCUUUCCAACAAAGCUUAUUCCACGACUGGAGCAUACCGGACCUAAAAUUCAAAUUGUGAUUUGCAAAAGAAUCUAUUCUAAUAUCCAAUGUACCGUUGGCUGUAGUUAUUGCAUCUGGAUCGUACCAUUCCAAGUCAUUAGUGGCUGCAUAGUGUAAAUCGGCCGCCUCCCAGAAUUGGUCAUCUCCAGGAUAAAAACUCCUACCCGGCGUAUUAAAUUCAUCAGAAAACAUGAGCUUAUAUGUUUUUCCAUUUACACCAACUUUGGUUAGAGCGGAUUCAGGAGUAUCUGGAUCCACCAAAUCAGUUCGAGGAAAACGCAAAAGACCAAAUACAUGAUCAGUAAUUUGUUCAGCCAUGGCUGGAUUAUUUUCCUUUUUAGGAGAAACAUUUCCGGUGUAGGUCAGAGCUGGGAAAAUUAUAAAAAGCAAAAAGAAACCAAGUAAUAAAAGAAUCAGCGAUGCAAUAUCGCCCCAUCGAGACCAGCUAAAAGACUUUUUAUCUUGAUAAACACUGAGGACAGAAGAGUUUGGGUUGUGAAGAUCGUCAUCUUCCUCUUUGCAAUGAUAAAUCCAAUUAACAUCUAAGUACCCUAGUAAGGACGGGUUAAUGAUACUAUGGGCAUAUUCAGAACCUUUAAAACCUUCUCUGCUACUCGCAGAGGAAUUAAUGCCAUUAUUCACAUUUGAAAAGAAGGAGGGAUACCUGCUCAAUUCCUGUUGGUGAAGAAGGGAGUGUGAAAGAGCUUCGUUAGUUAUAGGCGGUUCUUCAGAAUGAAGAUAGCUAUUUACAUUGGGAAGAGAGCAAUUUUUCGAAGUAGUAGAAGUACUUUCUGAGAUAUUGAAUGACGAAGACCCAGAAUCCGAAGAAGAAUUAUUAGAAUGAUUUAACCAAAUGGGACUGAUGUAUACACUCUCAGGUUCUUUUGGUAGCUUCGCCUGAUCGGAGCUCAUUAUAAAAGAAUGAUCAAAAUAAUAAAGAAAGAAAAGAUAGUACUAUAUAGUCAACGAAAGAUAAGUAUGCAAGCUGGCGGUCCAACUAACUACGAGAAAAGAAGAACACAGUCUUUAGCUAUCGAAAAAAAUAAUAAUUCUUGAAUUGAACAAUACCAUAUAAAGAGUUAUUUCCGUAUAUUGAAAAACACGCAAUUCUUCCCCCAGCUCCGUGAAGCAAACGAGGUAAUGGUAGAUGAAGCAUUAUAAUGUUCAUGGGGAUCUUUCAUAAUCUCGAGACUAUUUUUUACUCAUUCACGUGUAAUAAGUUGAGCGACGGUCAGAAACAUACCAAGGGCAUUGCAUUCGAAUUAGGUCAUUUUCGGUCUUUUGUCAGUCAUUACCGUAUCAUCACUAAAAGCUCAUGCAUUCAAGCAAGUUAAUGAUUUUUAGAAGAAUUACACUCUUGCUUAAAAGCUCUUUCGUAUCGAUCACUAAAUUCUUGGUGGCCCACGGCCUCAUUUAAUUUGUGGUGGUCACCAUUCAAAUAGGAACGAUAAGC